CGCCCCUACGACCGCGCGGCCAACAGCGUCGGCCGCGAGUACGACGCGUGGACCAAGGAGGGCAUCCUCGAGCACUACUGGGGCGAGCACAUCCACCUCGGCUACUACACCGACGCGGAGCUCGACAGGGGCUACCUGCGCAAGGACUUCAUCGAGGCCAAGUACAACUUCACGCAGCGCAUGAUGGACUGGGGCGGCGUCACGACGGCCAAGACCGAGACCGGCGGCGCGGACGUCAAGAUCCUCGACGUGGGCUGCGGCAUCGGCGGCACGAGCCGCUACAUGGCGACGACCCUGCCGGAGUCCUCCGUGACGGGCAUCACGCUGAGCGGCGAGCAGCGCGACCGCGCGACGAAGCUCGCCGCGGAGCGCGACAUUCCCAACGCGAAGUUCCAGGUCAUGGACGCGCUCAACAUGGACUUUGAAGACAAUAGCUUCGACGUCGUCUGGGGCUGCGAGUCCGGCGAGCACAUGCCCGACAAGAAGAAGUACGUCACGGAGAUGGCGCGCGUGCUCAAGCCCGGGGGCAAGAUGGUCAUAGCGACGUGGUGCCAGCGCGACAACGCGACGCGGAGCUUCAACGCCGAGGAGGAGCAGGCCCUCGACUUCCUCUACUCCGAGUGGACCCACCCCUACUUCAUCUCCAUCCCCGACUACGCCAAGUCGCUGAAGAAGGACGCGGCGAUGGUCGACGUCGAGACCGACGACUGGAACAAGAACACGAUCGCGUCCUGGCGCCACUCCAUCUGGGUCGGCGUCUUCGACCCCUGGCCCGUGAUCCGCGCCGGGCCCCGCAUGUGGUACAAGUGCCUCCGCGACGGCAUCUGCCUCGAGCGCAUGCACCGCGCGUUCAAGCGCGGCCUCAUGGAGUACGGCAUGAUCAAGGGCACGAAG